AUGGCAUGGCUGCGGUGGCUCUCGGUGGCCCUCGCGUCCGUCGUCGCGCAAACGUCGUCUACCAACCUCGUGGCCUAUGUGAGUCUAACGUGGCAGAACGAGCUGCUUUCGGUCAUCGAGGCCAACGAGGCGAUGCUUGUGACGCAGCUGCGCGGCUUUGCACUGCCCUUCACCAUGGGCAGUCUCAACGUCUCCAACGUCAAUGUCGCGUUGCAGACCAUUGACGUCUUGGCGGGCCCGGAGGCCGCGCUGAACGACACGCAGUCGUACGAAGUCGCGCUGGCCGUGACGGCGACAGGGCACGGCAACGUGACGAGCGACGCGUUGGUGGCCUUCCUCACGUCGAUCGGAGACGUCGGGAGCUACUUGACGUCCCACAUGGUAAACAUCUCUUCGAGUAUCGUGACCAAUCAAGUGAGCACUUGGCCGACGGCCCCUUGGCUGGCGCUAAACCCGCCGGCGACCGUCUCCAGUAUCUUUGGCGACACCCCGUUUCUCCUCGUGACGCUCCGGUACCUCGCGCCUAACGGACUUCAAGGCGUCCACUUUUCCAGCGCGACGCUCUGUCGCAUGCGCGUGGCCAUGCAAGACCUCCUCAACUCGUCCUCGGCUCGGUUUGUGCCACUGGCAAUGAGCAACACGACCCAGUUUAGCUUGAUGGAGACACUGGUCGUGCAUGGGAUUCCUCUCAAUACGACGUCGCUGCCGCCAGCCACGAUCACCAACCUCCUGCUGCAGGGCGAGCCGCUGCCGUCCGGCGGCUUUCUGCGCCUCGCCGACCUCAUGGACGUUCGCGGCUUUCCGGACGCAUCCCGCCUCGGCCUCAUGGUGAGUGUCGACGCGAUCAAUGCGACGCCGAUGCAAGUGGUGACCGCGAUCGACGGCGGCGUCGUCGACACGUCGGUGCUAACAGAUUUCAUCGUCUCGGACACGGCGCUCGCCCCCGUGCUGUCGUCGCCGGCAAGUCCGUGUCCCGCGCCGUGGUGCUUGCACGUGGUCUGGAACCACAGUGCCGGCAACAGCAGCUUUUUCCUCUCGCGCAUCAAGACGACCAGUCUGCUCAGCGGCACGGUCUUUGCCAGUGGCUUUGGCGCGCGGAUGCCGCCGGGGAACGCCAGUGUCUGGACUUUCUUUGGCGCUGCCGUCGCGUCGCCUUUAAGCCACAUCCAGCUCGACUUGGUGCGCGCUAGUGACAAGGCCAGCAUCAGCGUCGACGUUUCUGCUGCGAUGCUCAGCGCCAACGAAGCCACGUCGACGAUCACGAGCACGAGCAGCAGCCGUGCGCCGUUGUACACGGACUACCGCGCGUACAUUCGCAACGGCAACGAGGUGUCGCUCUUGGUGCACCUCCACGAAGGUGCACCGAACAACGCCACGUACGCGACGACCGAGGCCGAGGCGUGUGCCCUCUGUACACCGCUCGUCGCACGCUGCAGCGCCGAUGCCAACUGCUCGUCGCUCCUCUCGUGCGCUCAAGAGUCGCUACCCAAUCCUAGCGCGGUCCUCGCCAAUGCAACGAUCGGAAGCGUGUUGGAUGUGACGCCAAACAUCACAGCGUGCAUGCUCACACCGGCGGCCGCGACGCCGAGCCGCACCCUCUUUACCAGCGCGAUGCAGUGUCUCUUGGCGCGGACCUGCCCUUUCUACUCGAACGGAACGACGCAGCUCGCGUGGCAUAGCCACUCGGUCGGGUGGACGCAGCUGCGCAUGAAUCGGCUCUCGGACACGGUACCGUUGAACAUCAGCGUCACGCGACCGUACAAGAGUGACGUGGACCCGUCGGCGAUCCUGGCGCCGUGCGUCGUGUCCUUGACCGCGUCGCAGCUCCCGAGCGCGAUCGCGAGAACGAUUCAGAACUGCAACCUCAACGACUCGCAGGUGACGGUCUUGUACAACCUCGAUUUAGCGGUGAACGCGACGCUGCCCGUGUCGUUCGACAUCUUUUUCAGCACGAGCUUGAGCCCGCUGCCGGGCAUCACGCUGCCGCCGACACUGCCGAAUUUGACGCUAGCCACGGUGCAAAACAUGAAGUACCCGUCGAUUGGUCUCCUCGCCUUGCCGAUGGCCAACUACUCGCACGCGCCCAAUCUAUUGCCACCGACCGCCACGUGCCUCCCCGACCCGACGUGCAAUGCGAUCACCAACUGCAUCAUGCAAGCCGCCUUCCCGUCCAUCUCGCGCCUCUUUGCGACCGGCGACGUCGGCGACGGCCUCGACCUCUCGGGCUACAUUCGCAACUGCUCGUCGCCAGACGCCUUUACGUCGUCGGUGGCGGCGCGGGCCCUCCACAACGUGAGCGUCUGCUACGCGUCGACGCAGUGCUCGGUGGCACCGGCGACGCGAGCAGCGAACAAUCGGUCGUCGGUCGUUUGGCAAGUCCCGCCGCGCAUCCAAACGUUGUGGUACAACCAGUCGUUGCCACGUAAUGCGACGACGGUGUCGGUCACGGCGAUCGCGACUCCGACCAACACGACUCUGGUCGCCAACCUCACGUCCACGGGGCUGCAAGCCGCGUUGCAAAAGCUAUUGGAUUUGGAUGUCGUCGUAUCGGCCGAGGCGGUCGUCGCGCCAAAUGUGUCGGCGUGGUCGAUCACGUACCCGGCGUUUGCAGGCUACUGCCCGACGCUCGAUGUUGUCGACGCCACCACCAACGUGCCGCUACAGGUCGUUGAUGACCCAUUUCCGUCGUCGUUCUUGGCCGUCACCAGCCUUUCCUCGCCACAGCUGUCGUGAUAACUCGUCGCUGCUGCUUGCAUAGCCGAGCCCAUACUGUGUGUCACCCUAAUUGUAUCUUGCAUCAAAGUGGUCUUGAUCCGCCGCUUCAUCACGAAAGGUCC